AUGGCUGGAAAAGCAGGAAAGAAGCAAGCUAGUUCGAAUACGAAGAUAAUCCAGGGCUUGUACAAACAAGUUUUCCUGUUUUUAGGGAUGGCCAUUGUACGUCUUUUAAUCUCUUAUAAACGAACCUCGUUUGGACAAUGGAUUAAAUUGGUGAUUUUGAAUGUUCCAAUGUUCAUUGCGAUCUAUAUUAUCGUGAUAUCCGGUUCACCCAAGUAUGACGGGAACCGUGUAGUGAAGCAAGGUAUAGACUUGAAAGAUGACUCUAAUUUGAUAUCAUAUUUCUUCGAUUUGAUUUAUUUAUCACUUUUUGGUAACGUUGGUAUAAUAGCCUUCAGAACUUUUAAAUUUUGGUGGUGUUUAUUACUGUGUCCAAUUUACGCAGGCUAUAAGCUAUACGGGCUCAAAAAUAUGAUUAUGCCUGGCGCUCAACAACAAACACAACCAAAUGAUGGCCCAGAUGCCGGCGAUGGCAAGUCAAAGUCUAAAAGACAGAUGAAAAGGGAGAAAAAAGGUGACAAUGACUCUAAAAUCAAGUACAAAUAUCGUUAA